CGGAUGGCCGGCGGCUCCUGACUGCCCGGGGGGAGGAUGGAGACGCCAGACCCGUCGCGGUGCCUGACUCACCGGGAACCGCGUUGCUGAGGCUUUGCUAAGGGACGGCUGCCCGCCAAUGGGCCACGCUUUAAAGCCUUUCUCUCUGCGUGUGGGGAGCGGGGGAACCGCUGAUCAUCCCGGGGUACCAUGGAGGCGGGGCAGCCCUCUCUGUGCCUGGGCGCAGAGACCUGGGGGAUUUCGCCUCUUUAAACAAGGGGCCCGGCUCUGGUGAGAUCAGCGGGAUCCAGCGCUGCGCCUUCGGUGCCAGGAUGUAUGGAUUUAUAAACACAUGUCUGAAGUCUUUGGUGGUUGAAAAAUAUGGUGAAGAAACAUGGGAAAAAUUAAGAAUCCAGACAGGAGUUCAGGACACAUUUCUGACAUUUGAAGUUUACAAAGAUGAGAUAACAAUGCAGCUAAUUGACAAAGCCUGCAAAAUGUUAGAUGUUCCCCCUGAUAUGGUUCUGAAGCAGUUUGGAGAGUUUUUCUUUGAAUUUUGCAAACGGUCAGGCUAUGACCAUAUGCUGAGAACUUUGGGUGGAAAUCUCUACGAGUUCAUCGAGAACUUGGAUGCAUUACAUAGCUACCUGUCUCUUUCUUAUCAGGAGAUGAAUGCACCUUCUUUUAGGGUAGAAAAUAAUGAAGAUGGCUCAAUGCAUUUGCAUUACUACUCAGAUAGAAGAGGUCUGUGCCAUAUUGUUCCAGGAAUCAUUGGUGCAGCAGCCCUGGAUUUUUUCAACACUGAAAUUUCAAUGGAAAUAGUCAAUCAAACAGAGGAGGAAGAAAGAACUGGGAAAAAAGAACAUAUAGUUUUCCUUGUCACUCAAAAACCUGUAUUUUCAUACAAAAAGAGAAAUAAAUUCUCUUCCUCACCACAAUACAUUGCUCACUCUGGAAGGCGAAUUGAGAAACAACUGAAUAAAGAGGAUACUGAAAAAAACAUGAAUAAGAUUAGAGAUAGAACAAGCCUUGUUUCUGUUUGUCCUGCCAAGAAAAAUCACUGGGAAACAAUCAGAGGAAUCGUUACACUAGGAAGAGGUAAACUUCUGAGAGGAUUUGAUCCUGCUUAUCCUACAACCCUCUGGAUAGAUAUAAAAACAUUUUGCAAUGGACUUCCUUUCCAUAUUGUUUUUGAUGAAGAGCUCAGAGUAAAGCAAGCUGGGGUGAGCAUUCAAAAGAUUGUCCCUGGCCUUCAGACCAUGGGCAUUCGCCUGGAUCAUUACUUCAGUAUCGUGCACCCAGAAGUGACAUUCACCAUCUCUAGCGUUCAGAAGUUUAUCAACAGUCAAUUUGUUUUCCGGACUAGGAGAGAGAUGAUGCCAGAGUCAUGGAAACAACGUCCAAUGCUAGAGCUGAGAGGCCAGAUGAUCUGGAUGGAGUCUCUGCAGUGCAUGCUCUAUCUCUGCUCACCUUUAUUGCGCACCUUGCAUGAGUUGGAAGAGAGACAGAUGCACAUUGCGGACAUAGCACCUCAUGAUGUUACCAGGGAUUUGAUUCUUCUCAACCAGCAAAGACUGGCUGAGAUGGAGCUCUCUAACCAGCUGGAGAGGAAGAAAGAAGAACUGCGGAUACUCUCAAAGCACCUGGAGGAAGAGAAGAAAAAGACAGAAGCUCUGCUCUACGCCAUGCUUCCAAAGCAUGUGGCCAACCAGCUAAAAGAGGGGAAACGAGUUGAGGCAGGAGAGUUUAAAGAAUGCACCAUAUCGUUCAGCGAUGUUGUGACCUUUACCAACAUUUGUGCCCAGUGUGAGCCUAUUCAGAUAGUCCUCAUGUUAAAUUCAAUGUAUCUACGAUUUGACAGACUAACCACAGUGCAUGAUGUCUACAAGGUGGAGACAAUAGGUGAUGCCUACAUGGUGGUAGGAGGUGUCCCUGUGCCUGUAUCUACUCAUGCUGAGCGAGUUGCCAACUUUGCCCUGGGAAUAAUCAUAGCAGCCAAAGAAGUGAAGAAUCCGGUUUCUGGAAAACCUAUCCAAAUUAGAGUUGGGAUCCACACAGGUCCUGUCCUGGCUGGAGUAGUUGGAGAAAAGAUGCCUCGUUAUUGCUUGUUUGGAGACACCGUGAAUAUAGCUUCCCGGAUGGAGAGUCAUGGGGUUCCAAGUAAAAUUCACCUUAGCCCCACUGCCUAUUACUGCCUAAAGGACAAAAGUUUUGAGAUGACUGAAAGAGGAGAGAUUGAAGUGAAGGGCAAAGGGAAAAUGCAUACAUAUUUCCUGAUUAGAAACAGGACUGCAACUGAGAAUGAGAUCAUGGGAAACCCAAUAAAGGAAUCAGAUUCUGACCAUGAAUCUGUUCAGUCCUUUCAUGAGUCCAGAAUCAAAAUGAUACAAAGUUCAUGUCAGCAAGCUAUGCAGCCCAAUUCAGACCAGGAUCAGCCGCCAACCAUAGCAAUGAAGUACAUUGAUAGUCCCACAGAAACACAAGCCAGUUACAAAGGAAGAAGUCAAGAAAGAAUUAAGGAUUUAACAGGCAAAACACAUGACGUUGAAAGCUACAGAUGUCUCCAUGCUGGCCAGCAGCCAGGCAGUGAUCCUUAUCUGCCCAACCAGGAAAGAAUCAAACCAGCACCUGAAGAAUCACAGAACAGAAAUGUCAGAUCCAAUUUUUGCAAUUUAAUUUAAGCUGCUGACUUUUAAAGUUAAACAGGGUAACCAGCUAUCAGUCAUCUCCUUGCUAGGAGGUGUGAGGAUGCAAGAGUCAGCGCAUCCCACAGCAGCAAGGGGGCUGGGCAGAGUGCGGGGCUCCACUGUGGAAGGGAAAUAGUGCAUGAAUGGCUGAAUAAUGUCAUCUGCCCCUUCUCCAGCUUGGAAGAUCACACAACUGCAUCACCCAAGAAGACCCCUCUAGUCCAGCAGCCAAGGAAAAUGAGAAAGAAUUAUGAGUUGCUAUGAAUGUACAGUUUGUGCAGAAAACAGCAAGAAAAGGGAAAAUCCCCCAAAGCGACGUACCACUUGUAUACAAAACGGCAUACAGACUUAGUGAACAAAUGACUGCAUCAUCUGUCAGAUGGAGAAUACAUCUAUCAUGGCAAGAUGAAUGCUAAGGGCUAGGGACUGUGCCAUAUCCCUGAAUAUGGGAUGAAUAUGGGAUGCUGUGUAGAUGCAUUGACCCAG